GAAGAUGCGGAGAUGCCAAACUCCGGCUGUACAACGGCUACACCACGACCAUGUCCGUACAUACACGUGAGUGGUGUGGCCGACACAGCUCCUACAGCACCCAGGCGCUCAAGUACGUCAGCAAUAACAACAAGGUCAUCCUUCGCUUCUUCCCCGGCCACAGCAACCUCAGGGGGCACAGGGGCUUCAAGCUCUUGUGGAUGGCUGUCACUUUGCCGGAGACCACGGAGCCCUGUGCAGGAUUCCGCUGCAAGGGAGGCCGCCACUGCCACAAUGGCGCUGAGUGUACCCCGCUCAAACAGUACUGUAUCUCCAAGUCCCUGGUCUGUGACGGGGUCAGAAACUGUGGGCCUUUUGAUGACAGUGACGAGAGGAAAUGUA